AUGACAGUGAAUGACAUAAAAGUUGCUUUGGGUGGCCUUCGGAGCAGUGGUCUCUCAUUUGAUCUUUUGCUCAUAGAUGUUCACAUGCUUAAAAUAGAUGUCUUUCAAUUUCAACAAGAAAUAGCUAAAGAAUUUGGCAUUCCUGUUGGCGUUAUGUCAAAUGAUGAGAAAGACAAUACACUUAUGAAAGGACAUGACAAUGGAGCUGCUUUCUUCAUAAUGAAGCCCAUAACACAAGAUAAUAUAAAUUAUUUAUGGGAAUACACAACAUCCUUGCAAAAGAAGAAGCACACAAGCAAACAAGUUGUACAAGAGUUUGAAGAAAACACUAAUGAGAAAAUCCUCAAUGAGGUAAUUUAUAUUGAAUCUUCGUCUUCAGUCAGUGAGAGGGACAAGUCUACGAGAAAAUAUGACAAGGCUGAAAAUGAAGACGGUUCAUCUCAACCAUCCAAGAAGAGUAGAAUCGUUUGGACGGAUUCCCUUCACAACAAAUUCUUGGAAGCUAUUGCAAUACUUGGCGUGAAAAAAGCUUAUCCGAGAAAAAUUCUUGAACUCAUGGAUAUUCCUGGAUUGAGUAAAAAACACAUUGCCAGUCAUCUUCAGGUUUAA